AUGUUCGAUCAAGCAGUGAAGGAUGCUGCUAUUGCUCUUGAGGGACACUUGCUAGCAGCAGCCUCCGUUGACGCAAUUUCCAUUGCACGAGCAACUUACGAUAUCAAGAAGGAUCAGUGGAUGAACCAGUCUAGCAGCGUGAUUUUAAAUUAUGGGAAGAAGCCCAAUGGUUUCACACUCUUUCACAAUGCUGCCGUGAAACAAGCUGAAGACUUCGUUCACUGGGAAAAUAUACCGGCAAAUGGAAAGCUGUGGGCACAGCGCCAGAGAGCAUAUGAGCAACGACUCUCUGCUCUACAAAGAGACAUAGCGAAACUGUACCCGUCCUAUGAGAAAUUGGCAAGGCCUUCGAAGGUGCCCGUAUUCGGUAAAACUGCAAAGACUGCGGUCUUCGUGCAUGCCUUCAGAACAGCCUUUACGGCAUGGUACAAGACACAGCGGGUGACGCCCAAUCUGAUCUUAGAGACCAUUGACGCAAGCAUGACACGUUUCUUGCUGCAGCAUAAAGAGCUCAUUGCUGCUCUUAAGGCUGUUCAUGUACCGGCAAAUCCGGCACAACCGGGGUAUCAACUAGCCCAGGAUGCUGUGGAUUUAAAUCUCGCGCUGAUCGCCGCAGCCGGGACCAAUCAGAAUAUUUAUCCGCUUUGGGAAGCGGAGAAAAUCCUCCUGAUUGCUAAUACGAGCGAACUGGAGCGAGCGGUUCUGGCUACGGCCUUCCUGCUUCCUCUCAGCGAUCGACUCUUCAAGGCCGGCCGAAUUAUGUACACUCCUGACAGACUUGCAAAUGUCUGUGGUGGAAGCGCUGCCGUGUGGAAAAGCGUGAUAGUUUAUGCUAAUAGACUGUUGCAAAAUCGUGACACCCAGCAAGCAUUGGAUGGCGCCGCCGAAAUGAUGAGACUGAAAGGGAAACUUUCUAAACAGGCUGGCAGUAAUGUCUUGGCGAAGCUUCCGAUUAUCACGAACUCCAGGCCUAUCUCGCCAACCCCAGAGUAUCAAGAGCCCGAGGAUAUGGUGCUUACCUUGUGGAAAGAACUAUGCUUGAAGAAUGCCUGGAUCGGGAAUGAUCCGGCGUUUCUCGAUCAGCACGCCCUUCGCCGGAUCCUGACCGCUGGACCCAACGUGUCGCAGUUGCAGUGCCAUCUUCUAAGUGAACUAGCAGAGUCACAUAUUGGUAGUCUACUGCGGCAAAAGUUGGGUAUCGUUGCUCUUGGCAUUGACCUGCCUUCUGGCUGCGUUCUCGAAUUCGUGCCCGGGCAUGCGAUAUCCAUACCGUACGACCUAUCUAAGAUGCGAGCGCCGCAGAUUUCGGACGGGAUGUUGGGUUACUAUUUUAACGGCACAUUUUACAUUUCCGCCAUAAUCGAGAUUAAAUUUGAAGGUUUGGGCUGCCGAGAGCUGCCGUUCUCCAAGAUUAAGCUGGAGACAUUGACUCGACAAGAACGAUCCUCCGCGCAUGGGCAGAAAGAGAAUGGGCCAGCGCGGUUCAAGCAUCUGGGCGGACCUCAAAGCCAUUUCAGAAAGAAGUGGACGACUUCCUCCCUCAGGUAA